AUGACGGAACCUGGAACCGGAAACGUGGCAGCAUCUAUUGCGGUGGAAUUGCCGGAUUUUUGGAAAACCGAUCCGGUUAUGUGGUUUCCGCAGGCGGAAGCGCAGUUUCACCUAGCGAAAAUCGUAAACGACGAAACCAAGUUUUACCACAUCGUGGCCAAAGUGGACCAAUCAGUCAUUUGCCACAUUGCUGAUUUGGUAGCUGUUCCUCCUGCAGACAACAAAUACAAGGCCGUAAAGGAUCGUCUGAUUGCCCGCUUCGCCCUGUCUGCCGAGAAUCGUUUUGAGCAGCUGCUGGGAGCACACGAUCUCGGCGAUAUGCGCCCAACGCAUCUUUUGGCAAAGAUGGGAGAGCUGUCGACCGGUUUGGGCAUGGACAACAAUCUGCUCAGAAUGAUUUUCAUUCAACGUCUUCCGGCAAAUAUUCGCCAAAUCCUCACGUGUCACGACGGUUCCAUCGAAAAACUGGCUGAAAUGGCAGACAAGAUAACCGACGCUACAAACAAUCAUGCCUCUGCAGUUGCCGCUGUCAACAACGAAUCAACAUCCAACCUUAACGGUGAACGGAAGCUAGUGGAGCAGAUCGAAAUGCUGACAGCGGAAAUUCGGCGUCUGAAAGUUCCCAAGUCGGACCGCGGUCGUUCGCUUUCGCGAAAUCGAAGUGGUUCUCAUUCGUCUUCACGAUCCGCGAUGCCGAAAACCAUGCUCAUGGAGUUCAAAAAACUAGGACCCUCCCCACCAUUAUCGGCGGUGGUAGCCGGGGAGUCUGAAAGUCACCGACUGGUUUUUUUGGACAGAACGAAUAAUAGACGAUUUCUCGUAGAUACUGGGUCAGACGUCACAAUAUUGCCUGCUUCGAGGAGAGAUCGUUUGGACGAUGCUGUAGGGCAGCACCUUCACGCAGCCAACGGAAGUCAAAUUCGGACAUUUGGAACGAGAUUCGUACCUGUUGAUUUGGGAUUGAGACGCAGAUUCACGUGGAAUUUCCUUAUUGCUGACGUAACGAUGCCAAUAAUCGGCGCAGAUUUUUUGGCACACUUCGGAAUACUUGUCGACUUGAAAAAUCGUAAGCUGAUAGAUGGGCAAACAGGUUUGAAGUCUUCUGGCGGAAUGAUGAACGCUGCUCUGCAUACUGUAACACUUAUCGGUGCUGAUCAUCCGUUCCACGAUUUGCUCAUCGAGUACCGAGAAAUAACAUCUCCGUCGACACUUCAAUCGGCCACACAGUGUGACGUAACGCACCACAUAGUUACUAGUGGACCACCAGUGGCAUCUAAAGUUCGGCGGAUGCAUCCGGACAAGCUUAAAGCAGCUAAGGAAGAGUUUCGUCUUAUGUGUGACCUUGGAAUCUGCAGACCAUCUAGCAGCAGUUGGGCAAGUCCUUUGCACUGUGUACUUAAAAAAACGGACAAUGGCGCUUCGUUGGUGACUAUCGUCGCCUAA